AUGCGGGAGGUCAAUUUCAGCAUCCCGAAUGUCAACAAGGCCUCUGUCAAUAUCACAACCACACUCUACGACCGGCGUGCUCUCGACUGUACAUCUACCCUACCGCUUGUAAACUCACUCAACCAUCUAGCCUACCUUACAACGUCAUCCGCCCGCAUUCGCGAUAUCCUCACCAUCGAUGGCGGUGUCGAACGCCUGGUAGGCAUUUUGAAGGAUGGCCGGACGAGGGACUUGAUGGACUGUUGGAAAUGGAGCCUCGCUUUUCAAUGUGUCGUCAACAUCGGUGUGAGGGGCUCGGAAGCUGUGCGGACCAGAGUGGUCGAGGCGGACAUUGUACCGGUGGUUGCGACCGUACUGGACAAUUAUAUCAAGGUUUUCGAGAAGGCACGCGCCCGGGCCGAAAGCGAGACUCAUCGGCACUCGUCGAGAAAUCCCUCCAAGACCAUCCAUGGGCCCACGGCGAAUCUUCCUACACGCCCACUCUACGUUGAUCAGUCGACGAACACUGAACACCGUCCUUCUCGCCGUCAGGCGCCUCCCCCUCACCUCGAAAUUCCUCCUCACUACCAAGCCAAUAAUACAGAUACCAAUGCCAUGGACAUGGCAUCUUCUCCUCGUGCGCCAACGGCCACUCUUUCAGAGCGACGGGGCUACGUGCCAGAGCGACGGAGCUUGGCGAUUGUCGACAAUCCCCGCCAUGCUCAUGAGCACCGUCACCUUGUAAUGCAGCCUCUUUCCACGGCGGCUAUGGAUACAGCCGACGGGUUCGGCCUGCGUCCGGUGCGUGACGCGGAGAGACUCCCAAGCAUGCUUCCAGGUCUACAGAACGGGCUGAUCUCUCAGCCUGACUCACCUACUACGCCCAGUGGCCCCGCACAGCUGCGAAACCACAUCCAUACGAACGGGCUACGCACCCGCCCUACGCUGCUGCAACAACAAUCGGGAUCAGGCGAUUCAGAUAUCGCUAACGGCGAAGAUUCUACAGUUGGCUCCACAAUCGGCUCUGGAAAUAGUUCUGCGAUGGGCGAUGAAGCGGGUAGCCCGAUCACCGACCCGGUGGUUGGCAUGGAGAACCAGAUGGAGAUAGAUGAUGUUGGCGACAGGCGAUCCGUUCUGGAGGACGUUUCGAAUGCCCAUGAUUUGACUGUCAAUGAUUCGUCUGAAGGCCAAGAAGCGGACACAUUUAACAUUACCCAUCGGUCGGCUGUUGACGACGCACAGACGAAUGGUGCCUCAGCGCUGUCACCCACUCAAGCUGCCGAAAACGCCCACUCUCCUGUUGUGGUUCCGACUCCGUAUUCGUCGUACAUCCGCGAUCGGCUUACUAGCCAGACUACCAUCACGACGUUGCCUCGCGAUGAGGACGUCAUGAUGGCUCUUCAGCUCCUGGCCUAUGUCUCCAAGUAUUGCAGUCUCCGUACCUAUUUUCAAAAUACCCACUUUGUUCCAAAGCUCAAGGUUGAUCGUGAAUUGAAGGCACUCGAGGAAGGAGUGUCGCCUGUUGAGCCGGCCGAGGAAGAGGAGGAAUAUCUGCAGUCGGACGAUAUCAACAUCUUCCCUCUGGUGGAGCACUUCACGAUCCGUCACCACACGAAAGACAUGCAAUACUGGGCUUGCGUUGUCAUGAGGAACCUCUGCCGCAAGGAUGAGGCCCAGGGUGGCAUCCGGCAGUGUGCCUACUGGAAAUGUGGCAAGUGGGAAGAAUUCCAGCGCCAAUUCGCCAAAUGUCGCCGCUGCCGUCGCACCAAGUACUGCAGCAAAGACUGUCAGAAGGCGGCUUGGAUCAGCCAUCGCCAUUGGUGCCACUCCAAUCCUUGA